AUGGAGACGGAGGAGUCCCCUCAACACCAAGGUAUACGUGGUGCUCGGGGUCUUAUUAGAAUCUGGGACCGAAGUUUGGAAGCGCUCUUUGUUGGCAAUAAUAGUGGAUCUGGUGAGCGAGGGGUCGGUGAAUUGGGGAAUCGUGGAAUUGGAGAGUCGGGGAAUCGGAUAAGCAGAAAGGCAAAUAGACGAUCAACUAUCCAAGAGAUGACGACAGAGAUAUCUACUAGAAUACCACAAUAUUAUCCGCUCACGCUCUAG